AUGUUGGACCGAGAGAGAGAGAAGUCCUCAUCCCGCUCUGAGCUGGCCGUGAACUCGUACAGGCAGGGGCUGGCUUCCCCUGCUUCGUCGCCACAAGCAGACAGCUCCGAGAAGAACCCUCCGUCGGUCCUUAGAUCUUGUCUGCUGGCUUCUCAAAAUGAGACCGCUGAAGCGACCAAGCUGGCGCAGGACGAAGCAGAGGCUGCCGUUGCCGCGGCAGCCCGCACCGUGUCCCUGAUCACUGACAUGUCUGUUGAGCACCAGCGGAUCUGCGGUCUUCCCUCUUUGAGUUUGGUUUCUCCCGCUUCUCUGUCUGUCUCUUCGCCUGCAUUCUCUUCGCACACUGCGCCUCCGCCGCUGUCGACUAGUCGGUGUGGUGGGGGGUGGACGUGCCAGGGGUGGGAGCAACAGAAGAGUGAGGAGCAAACGCAUCCGAAGCUCGCAGCUCAGUUUUCGCAGAGGAGCCUCCGAGAGGAGCUCGUGAAGGAGGUUCGUCAAACUCUGGAAGAAGAAAGGAGACGCGUAACAACCGAGCUCGAGAAGCAGAGACAGCACCUGCUUCACCACGAAGGAGAACUGAGUCUCCUCCACUGUCAGCUGAACUCGGCUCUGCGAGAAGGCACUCUGCCCCCCCUUCGGCGACACUCCGCAAACGCCAAAGCCAUCCGGGCGACGACACGAGUCGGCAGUCUGUCCCCCAGUGCUCCUGGCUUCCCCCCGGCGAGACGAAAAGUCCUUCCCUUGUCGUCUCUGUCUCCUCUGCUUCCACCCGUGGAUGUCCGGACGCAGGCAUGGUUAGGUCAGGGUGAGACGCAGCAGCGGACAGAGUCGCCAGGAGGAGACAGCGUUUCUCAAGAAGCAGAAGAGAGAGAGACGAAGAGAGAGGAAAACGACGAGGAUUCCUCGCUUCGGACCCAAGAUGCUGGCGCACCUGCUCACAGAGAGGGAGAGCUGACGCAGAUAGCCGGCGAGCCAAAGACGAAAUGGAGAAGUGAGGGCGAGUUCGAGAAACAAGGCAAGGAGCCCAAUCAAAGGAAAGAACAAAACACGCCAGAUGUCGUAGAGAUAGAAAGGAAACAGGAGAAUUCUUCGAAGCCGGAACAGCACGAGCUUCAGGAAGGCAAACCACCUGUCGCGUGUGGGAAGUCCCCUUCGCAACAGCCAGCCCGAGAAGACACUGCGAAAGGCGACGUCCUCAUUCUUGACAAGGCGAUGCAGGAGAGCAAAGGCGAUCUUCCACAAGCAAAAGCUCCAGACGUCGAAUGCCGGACUGAGAAGAAGGGGCAAGAGAAGCGAAUCUACACUGCCAAGGACUCGAUUCGAAUGUCCACUCGCACUGACUUCAAGCAAGCGAGUGCGGUGUUAAGACACGGAGAUAGCCUUCUUAGGAACUAUGUCGUGAAACAGAAGGUGGGGUCGGGAACGUGGGGUGACGUCUUCAUUGCGGUCGAACGCGCGUCUGGACUCCAGAGGGCCGUCAAGAGAGUCUCCAAGAGGUCUGUCCGAGCCAUGGAACAUGCAGAGGACGAGGUGCUUCUCCUUCAGCGUCUGGACCACCCGAACAUCAUCAAAGUCUACGAGUGUUUCGAGGACUACACUUACGUCUACAUUGUCAUGGAGCUCUGCCGAGGAGGGGACCUGUACGACGCCAUCUUGCGCCGGAUGCCCUUCGACGAAGUUGCCACCGCGGUGUUGAUGCACCAGAUUUUCUCUGCCGUUCACUACUGCCACUGCAAAUAUGUUGCACACAGAGACAUCAAACCGGAGAACUUCCUGCUCACGCAUCCAGACUCCUUCAGACUGAAACUCAUCGACUUUGGUCUCGCCAGGAGUUUUCUCUACGAUCCAGAGGAGCUACCGCCGCGGACGAAACUGGGGACGAUGCACUUCGCCGCGCCGGAACUUCUUUUGGGAUACGAUGGACGCUACGCGGACUCGUGGAGUUGCGGCGUCCUGAUGUAUCUGCUGCUGAGUGGAGAGCUCCCCUUCGAUGGCCGAACUGACGCCGACGUUCUUCAUCGGGUGCUUUACGCGCCUCCGGCCUUCACAGGAGAAAUGUGGAACAGUAUUUCCUCUGCCGCCAAGGAUUUGAUUUGCCGCCUGCUCACCGUUCCGCCGUCUUCGCGACUGCUUCCAGGGGAGGCUCUGCGACACCCGUUCUUCCAUGUGUUCCUUCCUCAUACGAUUCCGCUUCCUCUCUACGCUUCCCCCGGCCCUGAACCUCGCCGGCAUUCGCUGUCGGCAUCGCAGUCCUUCUCUUCGUUUUUCUUGCCUUUCCAAGGUGUGGGACAACUGUUUGCCUUAACGCGAGCCGGCGCCUGGGAUAUGGCGACGGAGGCGGGCUUCACAGAUCGGAGGUGUCUCUUCUCUCUUGUGUCCAGAGAAAAACGAGAGAGGGAGAAGGAAGACAGAUCCCUCGAAGCGGAUCGCGCCCUUCCUUCAUCGAGAGAGGAUCAUGAUUCUUUGCCGCCGCGUGAAUCGUCUAACGGCCUCUCGUAUUUCUCCUCGGCGUCUCCGCGUGUCUCGCUCCGUUCAUCCGCCCCUCGACGUUGUCGUUCGGACGCAGAGCUUUUCUCCUGCGCAUACUGUGGACUUGACACACCCGGGGAAACCGGGAGAGGACGCGAGAGAAACCUCGGCCUUGGUCGAGACGACCAAGGAGCAAAAGCGACAGAUGUGUACCCACAAGACAGCUGUAGGACUUUGUUUCUUCUGUCAUCUAGCGAGGCAAAGCCUAUGGAUGCAAAAUCGCGCCUCUGCCUCGCAGACCCCACCCGGGAUGGCCUCGCUCAGCAAGGUUCUGCACAGGCCCUAGACCUGCCUCUGCCGGUCGACCUCCCGUCGCUUGGAGCCUCCAUCACCUCCUACCCUCAAGGCCCUCGUGAGGAACGGGGGAACGAAGACGAGGCAGGCGGUCUGGGCACUUCGAGUUUUGCUCUUUCUGCCUCGCGAAUAUGGGAGAAGAUCCUGGGGGAGAGAAAGACUUUCGGCCGCUGCCGGGCUGCACUUGCGCCCCACUCACCUGGGUUUAUUCAAGAAGACGACCGCAGUCCAGCAUCGAACUUCGGGACAAACGAACUGUGGAAGAAAGUGCCUGCCUCUGUGGUGUCCCUCAAUGCGCAUCGCCAGGCUCUUCCGCCCUGCGCCUCGGCGCCACAUCUCCUUGGCGCGCGAUUCCUAAGGGAAGACGGAACGGUAGCUUUUCUGCCUCUCCCUUCUUUAGAUGUACUGAAAAAGAAGACAGCGGCCGAGAAAAAAGCGAAGCGAGGGACAAAGAAAAACCAGUCCUUGGAUCCUACUCAAGCUGCCGCACUGCUUGAGCGGAUCGGCGUUCCGUUCUCCGGAUCGAGAUCGUGUCUGGAAGACUCGGCUCUUGAAGCCGGGAACGAUUCCAGCCUCGCUUCUUCUCCCGUUUCGGACCCGUCCCUGUCCACACAUAAGGCGCUGCUAGGUUCUCCGCAGAUGGUCGGCCUUUCGCUGGUCAACAAGCAGAGACCGAGCGCUGGAUCUGGGGGGCGCCAGGUCUUGUUGGCAAAUGAGCACGACGUGUCUGAGGCAAAUUUAGCUCAACACGAGUGGCAGACGCUGCUGGAAGAAAUCGCCGAAGAGAUCGGCGACGGUGGAGACUCUUUGGCGCUGACGACCGCGUACAUCUGCUGGUGUCGCGCGCCAGCUCAGCAGCAGAGAGCCUUGCUGCAGGGCGCAGAGAGGACCGGGGGGCCGAUGGCGCCAAAAGCGAAGGACGACGAAACAGCGGAGGAACCGCCGAAGAGAAGGACAGACGGCGAUGCCCCAGACGACACUCGCGGCGACUGUGACAGGCUGAUGAUGGAAGAAGGGGAAGACGAGGAAGAGACGGAAGAAGAACCCAGUGAAGAUGCCACUGUGAGUGAGGACAAUGCGACAAGCGACGCGGGCGAGUCGCCGAGCUCGUCCAGAGACCUCGAAGAGAGUGACGAGAAGGACGCCGAGUGCGGCGCCCGAACUGCUCUCUCGCCGGCAUUCGCCUUUCCUGCAGUGUCUGUACCGCCUGUGUUCCAUCCGCAAGCGUCGUGGUUCGGCCCGGGGUUUGCGGCGUCGUGCUCAACUAUCUCGUCUCUGGGAUCCACCCGAGACGACUGCGAGGCAGGCAAGGGCGGGGCAGCUUCAGAAAAGGCAGGGAAGAAUAAGGGCAGUGACACACACGAGGCUGAGCCCCUGAGACUUGUCGGAAGUAACGAGAACAACACGAGCAGUUUGAGCGACGCGGCGACUCUUGCCGCCCUCGCCGCUGUCACAGCAACUCAAUUUCUCCAACCCACGAUGCCAUUUUACCCUCUGGGUGAAAUGAGAGAUCCGCCCGAAUACCCUGCAUGUGGAACCUCGCAGUCGCCUUCCCCUCGUGGCGUCAAGCCUCCUCUUGUCUACAGUCCGCGCACCUGCCCUGUGGGGUCCGCGGCUGUUGGGAGGGGUGAAGCUCUGGGAAGAAACGUGCAGAGGCCCGACCGACCAUCCGGCCGCCAAGCGGGACAAGGAGGCAAAGGAAGGCCUGACGAAGGAAGGAGCUUACGGGCGAAUGACACCGAAGUCACCUUUGGUCGAAACGGGAGAGAGACACCUCUCAUGGAGCUGCGUGCAAUUGGAGCCCAAGCCGCGGCUGCGACUGUCGCCGCUUUCGGUGGCUUGUACCUUGACCAGAGUAGCUGGCAGCCUGUCGACCGCGAGUUAGUGACUUCUGUUUGCGGAGAGAAGGCGACACGUUCAAAGCUGCGCACAGCGUCAGGAAGAGGACAUGAAGCGCUGCCGGAACAUCCGCUGUCGUCUCUCCUCUCCGUCCGAGCUGGCUCCGCAGUUUCCCCGAGUGCCCAGAGCGCUGGAUGUGGCGUUGGCGCCUUGAGCGGCGAAGGCAUUCCUGGCCGAGGCGAAAGUUCUGAAAGGAAUGGCGAAGAACGCCGCAGGCGACAGCAGGAACAGGAGCUCAACUUCCUUCUCUGUUCGCCCAUGCCUCACUUCCACUUGCCCUCUCGGUGUGAAAACUGCAACAAGACCCUGGCCGACACAGGCGACGGACGACAGCCAAAAGACGCUUUCCAGCCCGACGCGUCAUCUUCAUCUCUCGCUUCUUCCACUGGCCCUGCUUCCUCUCACUCUUCCUCUUUUCCCUCCCUUUCUCCUUCCUCGAUUCCGUGUUCCGUUUGCACGCCCUUCGCGGCGCGGAUCUGCUUUCUGAGUCCUCAGGACGUGAAGCUGUUUCCCUUUUGUCCCUUGGCGCCGAUUCUCGUGGCGCGGUGGUUGAACUACGCGGGGAAGACGGUGUUGCAAAAGAAGUGCGCUUCCACUGUGGUUGAAAUUUCUCGGGGAGAAUUCGCAAACGUCUCGCUUCUCUCUGCAUCUUCGCGGCCCGUGACUCUGGCGGCCCUGCGGUCGGGAACACGUGGGGCUCCGCCGCUCGCUGGAGGCCGGGGGCGACUCGACCAAAACUGCCUGCGACUGGCAGCUGGAACGUCUAGAGAGACAGCGGAGAAGGCAAGUGCGGGUGGCGGAGCGUCUUGCUUGGCGCCUGUUCCAGCCCUGUGUUCGGCAGAAGCGAUCGAGAGAAGCGACUGCGCAGUCGAGCAACUUCAGCGCCUCGAGGGGCUCUUCGUGCUCCUUGACCGCGACGGCGACGGCCAGUUGACGCUGGCGGAGACAGUCGACGGGGUACGACGUUUGGCCGAGCUUUUGCGCUUCAAAUUGAAGGUGGAUCUCGAGCGAAAGAAAGAGGCGAAGGAUUUGGCGCGGCAGCGAGAACGGCGUCUUGAAAAAGUCGCGAAGACAAUCAGUGCAGCCAAGGCUAUGGUUCACCGCCAGAAGGAAUUCCUCGACGUCUGCCAGAGACCGACUCCCAUCGCCAUCCACACACUCCACAACAAGGGCCGAGUGUCGAUCCUCAGUGAAAACAGAGGCAACAACGAGCAAGGCGACAGAAGGAGAAGAGCACAGGCAGCUGGCGAUGAAGCACGCCGAGAGGCGGGAGGUGAAACGCGAGCUCCUCUCGUCUCUCCGGGUAGGGGACAGGCUGGGCGCGACAGCCCUGGUGGGAACGGCGCAGGGGCUUGCGGAGACGGAAGAGACAAAUGUCUGCUUGGCCGAAAAACUAGUCAACCAGGUGAAGGGGAGGAGAUCGGCAAAAGAAUGGAGAGGACAGGUGCGCGAGCAGAAGCAAUAUCAAAGGAGACACAGGCGCUCGUUUGUGGCAUAGAUAACGCAGAUCGUUUGAGGGCGCAGAGAAGACGCGAAAGAAGAAACAUUCUGGCGACCCUGUGGCAGACAGAAGACGCAGGGGUGCUUCUAGAAGCAUGCCUACGCGCCUGUGACACCAACGGCGACGGCGUCCUCGACCUGUCGGAAUUCCUCACCGCGUGUGUGGACGAACGGAUCUUCGCGAGACAAGAUCUGCUCAAAGCCGCCUUCCGCAAACUCGACCUCGACGGUGACGGAGUCAUCAGCGUCGACGAGAUGGGCGCCGCCCUGGGGUGGAUCGAAACAUGCGUGGAUGAUUCUUGCCGAUCGGAGCUCGUGAGGGAGCAACACAGAGAAACAAAAGAAGCCCAAACACGAAGACGCGAGACCAAGGCACAGAUUGCGGAGCUUCUCAAUUCUGGAGACUUCGACAACGAUGGAAAAUUCAGUUUCAAAGACUUUGUUGCUUGUCUCGGAGCACCGUAA